AUGGAAACCUCAGCAAGGACGUUCAAUUCGUCCUUAGAGGCCAAGCAGCCCUUCCCUCCACUGUUGGCCGAAGACCCUAUAUCCCCGUCAGAACCGCAAGAGAGUUAUGAAGACGAGAGUAUCACGUCCCCCGGCUAUGAGGAGAUCGAGGUGGAGGACGAUGCGGAUUUCCAGUCGCAUUACUCGCUAGAGCAUCAAUCAUUCUCCGAUACAGACUCCGACGAUUCCUCUAAUAUUGACCGGAAUCAUCCAUUUCGCCAGUCCUCCGGCUCUCUCCAUGGCCCCAAUGCAUUUGCACCUCCGUUCUACAAUCGUCCACCCACCCCUCUACCGCCCUCGCCAUCACUCACUUCUCUUCUUCGGCCGCCCUUCUCGACUACUACAUCACGCCCAACUACUCCAGACAGCUCUGAUGUAGAGACCCCCAACGAUACCGAGGCAGCAGUCGCCAAGUCAGCUCGUCGCGCAACCACCGUUCCGCGCGCCAGUCCCAAGGUUCCUACCUAUGAAUACUAUGGCUUCGUGUUAUACCUAGCUUCAUCAUUGGCUUUUUUGUUUUAUCUCCUAUGGUCCUAUCUCCCAUCGCCAUUCCUCCAUCAGCUAGGCAUUUACUAUUAUCCCAACCGUUGGUGGUCGCUGGCGAUCCCCGCAUGGUUGGUGAUGUUACUGAUCUACAUUUAUGCUGCGCUUGCCACAUAUAAUACAGGCUACCUUACCUUGCCCAUGCACAGCAUCGAGAACAUUGUUGACGAGGUCGCGAAUGUAUCGGUGAUUGACGGAAAGGCGCGGAGACGUCCCGGUGGUGCUACCAAAAUGAAACCCGGUGCCACCUCCUAUCAGAUCAUGGGCCCCCAAAAUCGCAAGGUCAAUUGGCGAGAAAUUUGGAGUGAGGGAACCGACGCCGUCAUGGAUGUGCCGGUAGGGGGCGUGUGUGAGGUUUUGUAUGGUCAAGACCGAGAGGAAGAUUUUGAUUAUCCGGCUGCAGACUCAUAG